AUGUCGAGUCCACAUAACCUUUUAGGAACCACAGCUCCAAAUCAAGGAUGCCUUGCACUUUCUGACAGGAACGGACGCCUCUUUUGUGAAGCUGCAGCUGAGAAGGUCCCCGGACCCGCCAGGGCCGACGAAAAGCCGAAGGAAGGAGUCAAGACUGAAAACAACGACCACAUUAAUUUGAAGGUGGCAGGGCAAGAUGGUUUGGUGGUGCAAUUUAAGAUUAAGAGGCACACUCCACUUGGUAAACUAAUGAAAGCUUAUUGUGAACGACAGGACGCACCUGCACAGUUGGAAAUGGAGGCUGAAGAUACAAUUGAUGUAUUCCAGCAGCAGAAAGGUGGUGUUUACUAA